AUGUCCUCCAUCGGAACGGGCUAUGAUCAGUCGACCACCACAUUCUCGCCUGACGGCCGCGUGUUCCAGAUUGAGUACGCCGCCAAGGCGGUCGAGAACUCGGGCACCGCGAUUGGCAUCCGCUGCAAGGACGGCGUCGUGCUGGGCGUCGAGAAGCAAAAGCUGUCCAAGAUGAUGCUGCCUGGUUCGAACCGGCGCAUCUACACGGUGGACAAGUGCACGGGCAUCGCGGUCUCAGGGAUGAUGGCCGACGCGAGG